CCGGCCGGGCGGUACCCGGAAAACUCCCGGCCGGAGCCAGCGCGGCGAAGCAUGGCCAUGGCGGCGGCGCCGGCCGUGUGCGUCUCGCCGGGCCCCCCGCCCGGUGCCGCGUCCCCGCCGGCCGGCGCGCCCGCGCCCUCGUCGGGCCUGGGCCGCUGCCGGAUGGCGCUGCUGCUGGCCGUGGCGCUGGACGUGGCGGGCAUGGCGGCGCUGCUGACCGGCGUGUUCGCGCAGCUGCAGGUGCGCGGCCGCGACUUCGGCGACCUGCUCAUCUACUCGGGCGCGCUGCUCGUCUUCAUGAGCCUGCUGGGCUGGAUCCUCUGGUACACCGGCAACAUCGAGAUCUCCCGCCAGGAGCUCGAGCGCGACUACGGCCUGCGGCCCUCGGCGCUCGCCCGCCUGGCGCGCAAGCUGUCCCGCCGCUGGUCGGCGCCCGCCGCCGCCGCCGGCCCGCGAGCCGCGCCCGGAGCCCGGGGAGCCUGCCGGGCCCCCCGCGCGCCCCCGCCCGGCGCCGGCUCCCGCCGCGUGCGCCUGCAGCUCGCCACGCUCGAGGCCGCGCCCGGGGCGACGGGCGCCGGCACCGAGUGAGCCCGAGACAGAGCCAAGGAUGCACCUGUGAGGACCGGACGGAGACGCAGCUGCCCCCCACCCCGUGGCCGCCAGGAUGCUCCCCGCGCUCCUUUGUCCCCCGCAUAAAGGACUGCCCCCCA